CAAAACCCCACCAGAAAAAAGGAAAAAACAUAGCCCAUAACAAAUAUCCAACCCUGUAAAAAUUUCAGACAUUUCCCCCUCUCGGAUCCCCUACGGCAGUCCUUUCGACUCUCUAAACUCCAAUCUGAAUUCUUCCCACGGCCGUUCUUUCUCUUAAUCGCCCCAUUUUGUGUUCUUUUCAAACAAAUCCCAUUAUUGUACCUAUUAUUUUUGCUGCUUCAAUCUGUUGUUACCUCACUGUUCUUCACAUUCUCGCGCGGAUUAGUAUUGGAGUGUUCUUCGAGUUUGUUUUACUGCCUUUGGCUUCUGGGUGUGCUUCAAUUUUGAAUACCGCUGCUUCAUUAUCGAAUUAAUCUUUACCCCAUUUUUUUCUUGUAGCAGCCGCCUCUCGGUUUCCCUGUUUGUAUUUGGGGGCAGUGGCUGUUUUCUCAUGAAUAUGAUUUAGAUCUCGAUUUUGAUGGAUGGGUAUGUUUCUUCUACCUGAGGAGACGCCUAGAACAUGCUCUCUCUGCGACCUAUUCGCAGAUUCUGCCGUGCUGCUACCGUCAUUGUAUCUACAGAGACUCCCGCGGCUGUAUUUAAUCAAGUUCUUAACUCGAAAUCUGUGGAAGAACCUGCACUUAUAAAGCUUAAGGCGGAACGGGACCCUGAAAAGCUGUUCCAUCUGUUUAAAGCCAAUGCCCACAACCGGCUUGUGAUUGAGAAUCGAUUUGCGUUCGAAGAUACUGUGUCUCGACUGGCUGGAGCUCGUCGAUUCGAUUACAUUGAGCAUUUACUUGAGCAUCAGAAGACGCUCCCGCAGGGGCGCCGUGAAGGAUUCAUUAUAAGGAUCAUAAUGCUAUAUGGUAAGGCUGAGAUGAUCAAGCAUGCUGUUGAUACUUUUUAUGAUAUGCACUUAUAUGGGUGCCGUAGGACUGUGAAAUCUUUUAAUGCCGUGCUUAAGGUUUUGAUGAAGACCCGUGAUUUGGGAGCCAUUGAGGCAUUUUUGAGUGAAGCUCCUGAAAAAUUCGAUAUUGAGUUGGAUAUUAUUUCUGUUAACAUUGUUGUUAAGGCUUUUUGUGAUAUAGGUAUUCUAAGUAGAGCUUAUCUUCUCAUGUUAGAGAUGGAGAAAGUGGGAAUAAGACCUGAUGUGGUUACCUAUACGACGUUAAUUUCAGCUUUUUACAAGGAUAAUCUAUGCGAAAUUAGUAAUGGACUGUGGAAUCUAAUGGUUUUGAGGGGUUGUUUGCCCAAUCUUGCUUCUUUCAAUGUGAGGAUUCAAUAUUUGGUUGACAGGAGACGAGCGUGGGAGGCUAAUAAAUUGAUGAAUGUGAUGCGGAAUAUCGGUAUUGUUCCCGAUGAGGUUACUUACAAUCUGGUAAUAAAAGGCUUUUGCCAAGCCGGUUUUUUUGAUAUGGCCAAAAGGGUUUAUUCUGCUCUGCAAGGGAGCGGGUAUAAACCUAACGUCAAAAUUUACCAAACCAUGAUUCAUUACCUGUGCAGAAGUGGAGAUUUCAACCUGGCAUAUACAAUGUGCAAAGAUGCCAUGAACAGGAAUUGGUUUCCAAAUAUUGAUACAAUUCAUUCAUUAAUUAAAGGCCUGAAGAAGAUGGGACAGCUUGGGAAGGCUCAGUUGAUCCUAACAUUGGCUAGGAAAAGGGUCCCUCCUUUCUCUCUAACUCAGUUGGAAGCUUUGAAUACCACACUGGCCAAGAGUUGAAAAAGAGAUUUGUAUACUGAUGCUCGAUAAAAUUUAAUUUAUUCUACCACCUCAAUAAAGUCUGUUACAAGAUGAGAGUUCCGAAUGGAGUGGCCGACGUUCACCAUAUUCUCU